AUGCUGGCUUUCUCCUCACCUCAAAAUCCAUCUGGCUCGACCAGAGAACGGAGUCCCCAUUCCUCCCAUUGCUCCACCCCGCUCGCCAAUCAUUCGCGGGCCGUCCCAAGGGUGACUCGGGACGAGGAAAUCGCGAACGGACCGAAAGAAGACAUGGAUUUGGAGCUGCUGAAGAGACUGAGUUCGGAGAAGCCGGUCGUCCUGGAGGAGUCCAAGGGGAAGGGGAAGGCCCCUCCGCCUCCACCCCCG